CGUUUGCACUAUUGAUGGGUGUUGAGUUUUCCGUAAAAAAAAUUAUAUUUACACAAAUUCUUUAUAAGUCUCGCCUAUUUUGUGUUUCCGAAAAUGGUUUAACUACAUUAGCACAUUACAAAAUACAUUCAGUGGCUGUGCACCAACUCUUGUAAACAAAUCCAAAAUGUCCGUUCCGAGCACUGGUUUGAGUAAAUUGAAAAAGAAACAUAUUCGCGUGAAACAUCAAAAAGUGAAAUUGUUCCGUGCUAAUGAACCGUUACUGUCCGUUUUUAUGUGGGGUGUAAAUCACACGAUAAAUGAACUUAGCCAUGUCUCAAUACCAGUUAUGUUGCUCCCUGACGACUUCAGGGCAUAUUCCAAGCUCAAAGUGGAUAACCAUUUGUUUAACAAAGAGAACAUGCCUUCUCAUUUCAAAGUGAAAGAAUACUGUCCGCUUGUCUUCAGAAACCUAAGGGAGAGGUUCGGUAUCGAUGAUAUAGACUACAAGGAGUCACUGACACGGUUUAGAAAGCCAGAUAACUACCUCUGUUCGAGGCGGACGAGGAGGCUCGCGAGUGCACUGCGCAGGUCCGCAACCGCGCCCUCUGGCGUCGGCGAACCGAAACCAGAAGCCGAGAGCUUGUUCCGCGAUGCGAGCGCAUUCGUCAAGCGAGGCCUGACUAUAAAGCGACUGAGAUCGCAGCCAAUCCCUGAUGACUCGUCUGGCAAGUCCGGUGCCAAGUUCUACCAGAGCUACGACCGUCUGUUCAUCCUUAAGACACUCACUUCGGAGGAAGUUGAGAGGAUGCAUUCUUUUCUUAAACACUACCAUCCGUAUAUAGUCGAAAGGCAUGGGAAGACGUUACUACCUCAGUACCUCGGCAUGUAUCGACUGACAGUGGAUGGUAUCGAACACUACCUCGUCGCCACGAGAAACGUUUUUUCUAAUCACCUGAAUAUACACAAAAAAUACGACCUGAAAGGGUCAACAGUGGACCGAGAGGCGUCCGAGAAGGAGCUCGAAAAGGAACUACCCACUUUGAAGGACAACGACUUUAUCAAGCAGGGUGUCAGAAUUGACAUUGGUGACGACGCCAAAGAGAAGCUGCUUGAAACUUUGACGGCCGAUGUCGAGUUCCUAACAAAACUGCACCUCAUGGACUAUUCGUUGCUACUGGGCGUGCACGAGUGUGGGCGAGGCGAGGCAGAGGCGGAGGCGGCGAGGCAACGCGAGGCCGAGGCAGAUAGCGAGGCAGAAUCCGAAAGCGACAGCGACACAGACAAUCGGCAUGGAGACAGAUGGGGGUUCAACACGCCGCCAGACAGUCCACGUGGCUUAGGGCGCCAACCAUCCCUGCGGUAUGAAGGGAUAAUCCCCGAGCUAGACAUUUACGCCAUUCCCAGCCACGAGGGGGCUCCUAAGAAAGAAAUAUACUUCGUUGCGUUAAUCGAUGUCUUGACGCACUAUGGGGUUAAAAAACAGGCAGCGAAAGCAGCGAAGACCGUAAAGUACGGCAGCAACGUGGACGGCAUAUCCACCUGCGACCCCGAGCAGUACGGCAAACGGUUCAUAGAGUUUGUCGCUAAGGCCAUCGAGGUCAACUAAACAGUUCACUGCCUCUUAGUGCACGCCAAUUGUAUGUGAGGUGCGCUCUGAUUGUUUAGAAAUGUUCAACUGUGAAAUGAAAUAGGCGCGACCACUGCAACGGAGAUAUUUCAAAACUACUCUUUUAAGCUUCUGAGUGACGGCCAACGGGCUCUGUUUUAUUAAAACUGGACUGCAGUCUUACAAAUAUUUUAUCCCCAGAUUAUAUCCACUGAUAAGGGAUAAAAUUUACUUGUACUCCUCCCAUAGCUCGGCAACGGGGGAAGGAUGAAGUUUAUUCCCCCCGUUUGACAUAAGUAUAUUGCUUGGAUAUUAUUACCAACCGUGCCACUAUGCUCGGCGAGUAAAAAUUGUGGGGAUCUCCAUUUUCUCUUCUUCCGCGUGGAGAAAAUGUCUGACCUUGAUGUCCCCAUACAAAUUACAGCUUAAAUUUUUUUUCCUAUUUUUAUCGCUAAAUGUGUCACACGACUGUCUCGGGAACUAAUAUUAUAGUGUCUUCAGUAAAUCGAAUUUUAGUUCCCUCGACACACUUACACAGCGUUUCUACAGCGCUAAAAUGCCGUCAAUCAAUUGGAAACAAAAAAAAGUUUCAACUUUGCCCAGUGGUUAGUUUAGAGAUUGGUAAUGGAAGCUAGUGGUGACUUCCAACACCUCACAAUUCAAUACGCAUUGCAAGGGUUAAACUAAUAAGUACUUAGUAUUUCAUUGGUCGGACCCAAGGUCCAGCUAUUAAG